GGACGGAAGUGACGAACGAUUGUUCAAAAUACAACAAGGAAGUGGACAUUUAUUGAAAAGGACAAAUUUGCUAUCUUCAGAUCGGAAACAUUCGGAUUAUUAAAUUACUGUAUCAUUUUUUUUUUAAUGUUGAUGCGGGUAUAGUCAUCUUGGACAUCUUGGAUCCCGAUUCAAACUAGCUAGCAAUGAACACAGACGUCGAAUUUCACAUUAGGCAGAAUUAUCCGUGGAACAAGCUACCAGCAAAUGUCAAACAGAGUGUUGGGAACUCGCAGCGGGAAUAUGAGAAACAUGUGCAGUUGUAUAGUAUCCGCAACCAGCUAAGGUUCCGCAAUAACCUGGUGAGACACGUGAGGAAGGAUGAGAGGAAGUACUACGAGGAGCUGCUGAAGUACAGCCGAGAUCACCUGAUGCUCUACCCCUACCACCUGUCAGACAUCAUGGUCAAAGGCCUCCGCAUCACCCCCUUCUCCUACUACAUCAGCAUCAUGGAGGACAUCAUGAACGUAGAGAAGAGUUACGACUCGCUGCCCAACUUCACUGCUGCUGACUGUCUAAGGCUGCUGGGCAUCGGGAGAAACCAGUAUAUAGACUUGAUGAACCAGUGCAGGUCCUCCAAGAAAUUCUUCCGUAGGAAAACGGCGCGAGACCUGCUGCCCUCCAAGCCAGUAGAGAUCGCUGUAGAGCCGUGGUGGGUGGCUCAGACCGGAUACAUCACAGAGGAUGACAUCAGGAUCUGCUCGGUGGCAGAGAGGAAGGCAAUUGAUAAGAUGAUCGAUUCAGGACCCCAGCUGGCCGGAUCAAUGGAGUACAAUGUGGUGCUGAGUCUGUACAACAAGGGAUACAUCUAUCUGGACGUGCCCAUCUCUGAUGCCAGCUGUAUCUCAGUGCCCCCCCUGGAAGGCUUCGUGAUGAACAGGGUCCAGGGAGACUACUUUGAAACCCUUUUGUACAAAAUAUUUGUGUCCAUCGACGAGCAGACGAACGUGUCAGAGCUGGCUAAUGUUCUGGAGAUUGACUUGGGCCUGGUGAAGAAUGCUGUGUCUAUGUACUGUCGCCUGGGUUUUGCCCUGAAGAAAGGAGGCUCGUUCAGCUCAGAGCAGCUCCACCCCACAUGGAAGACUGCUCCCUCUGUCAACAGACUGAAGAGCACAGUGGAUCCCAAACAGAUGCUGCUGUCGUGGGAACAGGGGAGUCCUGUGAUGGAGGCUGGAUCCUCUGCUACAGACACCACCAGCCUGGAGGACCAAGACAACACCAGUGUGAGCAGCCUGAGUAACCCUGGUCCUGCUGCCCCGCCCACCAAGAGGAUCGCCUUCCUGUUUGACUCCACCCUCACCGCCUUCCUCAUGAUGGGGAACCUCUCUCCGAACCUGAAGAGCCACGCGGUCACUAUGUUUGAGGUGGGGAAGCUGUCGGACGAGACCCUGGACAGCUUUCUGAUGGAGCUGGAGAAAGUAGAGAGCACAGCGGAGGGCGAGGCCCAGAGGUAUUUUGACCACGCGCUGACCCUCAGGAACACCAUCCUGUUUCUCCGCUACAACAAGGAACUGACCACCGACCAGGGCCCUGACCUGCCUAACAACGGCCUGCCCCUGGACAUGCUCCGCUGUGAGAGUCUGCUGGGUCUAGACCAGGCCACCUGCAGCCGUGUCCUCAACAAGAACUACAAACUACUGGUCUCCAUGGCACCGCUCAGCAACGAGAUACGACCUAUCAGCAGCUGCACGCCUCAGCACAUUGGCCCAGCCAUCCCUGAGGUGAGCUCCAUCUGGUUCAAGCUCUACCUGUACCAUGUGACCGGCCAGGGGCCUCCCUCCCUGCUGCUGUCCAAGGGCUCCAGGCUCCGGAAACUACCGGACACCUUCCAGGUUUUUGACAGGCUGCUGAUCACUUCCUGGGGUCACGACCCCGGUGUGGUUCCUACGUCCAACGUGCUGACCAUGCUCAAUGACGCACUCACACACUCUGCUGUACUCAUACAGGGCCAUGGACUGCAGGGUCAUGGAGAGACAGUUCACGUGCCCUUCCCGUUUGACCAGGAGGAUCUCAAAGGAGAGUUCUCCUCCUCCAACAUGUGUGUCCACAAGGCCCUGCUGCUGCUGAGGGAGAAGGUGGAUCUGGAGCACCAGUGUGGUUACAUCACCAUGCUCAACCCCAACAACAGGCACCGCAGGAGGGCCAGCGAGAGCUCCGACGGCAGGGGAGACAGUCGUCUGGGAGGUGGGCUGGAGGUUAACAGCAGCACAGAGUCCUUUGAGCUGGUCACAGAGGACAACAAUGGAGGGAAGCAAGCAGCAGAAGUGCCGUUGACAGAGGAUAAGUGGGUCCCUCUAGAGCUGUGCUUUGGGAUGCCCCUCUUCAGCUCCGAGCUCAACCGCAAAAUAUGCAGAAAGAUCGCCUCGCACGGCCUCUGUAGCAAAGACAGCCUUCAAGACUUACUUCAUUCCAGCCGAAAACUAUCAUUGAAAGUUCUGAGUUUUGUUCAGUCAUUUCAGGAUGGCAGCCAGGGUCAGCCUGACCCUGACAGUGGAGUGUCCGGUCCUCUCAGCCAGCCCCCGGCCGAGUCUGGUGUUCCGCUGCCCGCUCUCAACCUCAUCUUCAAGGACGGACAGCUGAGGGAGUGGAGUGGACGAGCUCCUCCACCCCUCCACAUCUCAGCCCUGCAGAAAGACCAGUCCUUAUAGACCCCUCCACAUCUCAGCCCUGCAGAAAGACCUUAUAGACCCCUCCACAUCUCAGCCCUGCAGAAAGACCUUAUAGACCCCUCCACAUCUCAGCCCUGCAGAAAGACCUUAUAGACCCCUCCACAUCUCAGCCCUGCAGAAAGACCAGUCCUUAUAGACCCCUCCACAUCUCAGCCCUGUAG